UCUCCCCGCAGACCAGGCCCGGUUCCCUCACUCACAGUUCGAUCCGCUCUAUGAUCUUUGGUUCGAUCCUCUCCGUAAUCCAUUCUUUCUGAGUCCGAAAAAGGGUCUCGAACCGAAACGUCACCCAUUUCCUUCACUCCAGAGACUAUAAUAAAGAUUGAUCUCGCAUUGCAUUGCAUGAAUGCAUAAACAUCCCCAAAGAGCACAAAAUUCCUAUUAGAAGUCGUGAAUCACCACAAAGAAAUGUCAACGUUCCUUCUCUCUCAUAUCAACUUUAAUUUACCUGUUAAGCAAUUGCAGUUUACCCUGAAAAUCACAUUGGAUUUUGAUCCAAUCGUCUGAAGAAGGGUUUCGGCCCGAAACGUUGCCUAUUUCCUUCGCUCCAUAGAUGCUGCUGCACCCGCUGAGUUUCUCCAGCUUUUUUGUGUACCUUCGAUUUUGAUAGCCUGAAUCAAAGAUCAUAGACUAGAGCGGAUCUUUGGCCUGAAUAUCUGUUUCUGAAACGUAUGAAUACGCAUCCCAGCAUCCAUGUGAUGGGCCAACAAAGUCGAGGGGACUGGCCAAGAGAGAAUGAGUGGCAGCUGCAAUAGAGCCAGAUGGAAAUUCAGUAAAUAAACCACCUGUUCAAUGACUCCAUGUUGACAGACUAGCAAGACACAAGGAAGAUUGAAACAGAAUCAACUAAGAUGGAAGCCCACUCUGAAAGUUUCAAGGAGGCCAGUGCAUUUGCAGAGGCAGGUGAAAGCAGCGAGUUCAAGACCAUUGAAGACAUUGCAUUCUACAGGCGUCAAAAAAAGUUAUUGCCAGGGAACUCUCCAUAUCAUGGCUUGCUGGAUACAAUUGAAUUAUCAGAUUGCAGAGCCAAACUGCAUCUCCUAAAUGAAGAGAAUAAGGUUACACUCUUUAUGGAGCUCUUUGUUCUACAGAAUAAUGUGAUCAGAAUAAAAGUGAACGAGUUGAAUCCAUUGAAGCCGAGAUAUGAAGUGCCUGAUGUUAUCAUUAAUGAACUUCCCUCUCAAAGUCUGAUUAUGGUAUGUAGGGAUGGACUCUCUGUAACACUGGCCACGGUCGACGGAGGCACUCAGAUUCUAAUUGUCGCCAAGCCGUUUAGAAUGGAAGUUCGUGAACACGGCCAAAUGUCCAUGAGUGUGAAUUCUCUCGGUCUUUUAUACUUUGAACAUCUCCGCAAAAAUUCACAAUCCGAAGAUCGAAGUGAAAGAGGCAACAGCGUGGGAGGCAAGAGGAAAUGUGACACAAAUAAGGAGAGUGAAGAUGUUCAAGGAUUGUGGAAAGAGCAAUUCCAUGAGUUCAUAGACACCAAAGCCAAUGGCCCUACAUCUGUUGGAUUGGAUUUCUUGCUUCCUGGGUUUGAGCAUGUUUAUGGAAUUCCAGAACAUACAGAGAGUCUACGGCUGAAAACCACAAGUCAAGAAGAACCAUACAGGCUCUAUAACUUGAAUGUUUUUGCUUGUAAGUUGAACAGCCGAAUGGGUAUUUAUGGCUCUAUACCUCUCCUCCUUGCACACAAAACAAAGAAAACUUUGGGGAUUUUUUGGCUAAAUAGUUCUGAAACUAUGGUGGAUAUCAGUACGAACACAGAGAAUAAGGAAGAAUCAGGCAGAGUAAAGAAGUUAAAGGAAGAUGAUGAUAGACCGUUGAGGACAGAUGUUCGCUGGAUGUCUGAGAGUGGGAUAAUCGAUGUAUAUAUUCUCCUGGGUCCCAGUGCUUUCGAUGUGUUCAACCAAUACUCAAGGCUUACAGGUACUCAGACACUUCCUCCACUCUUUGCACUGGGUCACCACCAGUGCCGCUACACUUACAAGGAUGAAAGUGACGUGAAGCAGGUGGACGCUGGCUUUGAUGCACACAACAUACCCUGUGAUGUUAUCUGGUUAGAUAUAGACCACACUGAAGGGAAACGCUACUUCACCUGGGACAAGACCAAAUUUCCCGCUCCUCGGGAAAUGCAGGAAUAUCUACGAACCAAAGAUCGGAAGCUGGUGGUUAUCAUUGACCCACACAUCAAAGUGGAUAAAAACUACUCUAUCUAUUGCGAAGCCAAUUCCAAGAAGUAUUUUGUGAUGGAUAAAGAUGGGGAGGAAUACCAAGGUUCUUGUUGGCCAGGUAUCUCAGCCUACUUAGAUUUCACAAACCCCGUAGUCCGCAACUGGUAUGCUGACAAGCAUGGAUUAGAUCAAUAUAAGGAUUCAACAGACAUUCUCUUUGUGUGGAAUGACAUGAAUGAGCCGGCUGUGUUCGGUGCACCGGAGCUGACCAUGCCUAAGGAUGCUGUACAUGCAGGUGGAUGGGAGCACAGAGAAAUGCACAAUCUCUAUGGUUUUUAUCAGCAAAGGGCAACGGCAGAAGGUCUGAUCCGUCGAUCUGGAGGAAAAGAAAGACCAUUUGUUUUGACUCGGUCCUUUUUUGCUGGAUCACAGAGAUAUGGAGCAGUAUGGACAGGAGACAAUGUAGCUGACUGGGGUUACCUUAAAAUCUCAAUCCCAAUGCUACUUAAUCUCAGUAUAACAGGCAUCUCAUUUUGUGGAGCGGAUGUAGGUGGGUUUGUACAGAACCCUGAUCCAGAGCUCCUUGUUCGUUGGUACCAGGCUGGUGCGUACCAGCCUUUCCUGAGGAACCAUUCCAACACAGAUACAAAGCGACGAGAACCUUGGUUGUUUGGAGAGGAAAAUACCAGAAUCAUCAUCCGGGAAUCAAUUCACGAGCGAUACACCUUGCUGCCGUUCUGGUAUACACUUUUCUACAUGGCUCACACCAAGGCAGAACCGGUAAUCAGGCCUUUAUGGGUGGAGUUCCCCGAGGAGACCAACACAUUUGCAAUUGAUGACGAGUAUUUGAUAGGAGAAGCCUUGCUGGUACAUCCGGUGACUGAAGCGGGGGUGACAAAAGUUAGCGUGCUGCUUCCUGGAAAAGGAGAGGUAUGGUAUCAUCUUGAAACAUUACAGCGGUUUAAUGGUGAUCAGAUUCUUCUCACAUCUGUAACUCUGGACAAUAUACCUGUUUACCAACGCGGUGGCACCAUCAUCCCCAGGAAGACAUCAGUGGGAAGGUCCACAAAGCAUAUGGAGACAACGUCCUAUUCCCUUCACGUUGCUCUGAGUUCUGAGAAAACUGCCACAGGAAAGUUGUUCAUUGAUGAUGGACAUUCGUUCAACUAUCAGAGUAAGAACCAGUUCUUACUCCGGAAAUUCAGCGUCAAGGAUAACACAUUUUCAGCAGUGUGUGCUGAUGAGAGGGGAUGGUAUUGCACCGAGUGUCUGGUGGAAAAGAUCCACAUAGUGGGAGCUGGACAACCUUAUUGUGUGACAACACUGGGUCCAGAUAUGCAGGAGAUUCCAGUACAAUUCAACUACAAUGUGGAAAAAUGCCUAUUAAUCAUUGAAAACCUACAAUUUAAUGUAGGAUGUGACUGGACUCUGAGGCUUAAAUAUUGAGGGGUGGAUAUUCAGCCGCCUAAGUACACAAUUGAAACGUGGUGUUCACAUUCAGAUAUAUUUAAGGUCAUGUCAGGUUUCUCGUUAUUUUCUGUUUAGUAUUCAUUUACUUUAUUAAAUCAGCAUAUUAUUUUGUUGUAAUAGAAAUAUUUAUAUAGAUAUGUAUAGGUAUAUUUUAGAAUGGGUCAACUCAAAUAUUUUAUUGCAUUCAUUUUUGGUAUCUGGACAUUUGUGGGAACGUCAGCAUGUCUUGCCCAAGUCUAAUUGCUCAUGAGAAAGUUAUGGUGUGCUACCUCCAUGAACAAUUAUAGUCCUGGUUGGGAAUCAAAUGGUCCUGGCAAUCAUCGAACUGACUGCGCAUCGAUGAGUAGGUUAUUAGUCAGUGAAUUUCCUUUGAUAGCAUUGUUGACAACACUGUCAUCAAUUUGAUGAUGAUUGAGAAGACUGAGUGAUAAUUAACUGUCAAUAGUUGGCAUCCAGGCAAUUUUCCACAUUGUCUGCGAGGUGCCAUUGUUGGUUCAAUAAACCUUGGUUUACUUGUUGUUCACAGCUGUUUGUUGAUAUUACAUGGAAUAAAUCAAAUUGGCUAGA